AUGACCGAACAAGGCCACGGGUCUAUCCGAAGGAGACUCAGCAAAUCAAAAACGCCGCAGAUUGUGUCACAUGAUGUUAAAUGUGUUGCUCUUGGGGAUGGCAACGUUGGUAAAUCGGCGAUGAUGCUCACUUACCUGAUUGGACGUUGUCCGACCGAAUGCCCACCAGGUCCGAUGGACGGACACUCAGAAUUCGACCAUCUGACAAGUAAACCGGUCACGUUUCUCCAGGACAAUGUAGAGGUAAAGAUGACCCUAAUUGACACCUACGGACAGGAUGAGUACGAGAAGCUGCGAGAACGAAUCUGCGUCUCUGGUGACGUGUAUAUGUUGUGUUUUGACGUCAGCAGGCGGGGCACACUAGAGCGAAUUCGUCAUCAUUGGUUGCCAGAAAUGAGAAAAUACAGUUCACCAGACACGCCAUUCCUAAUCGUCGGUCUCAAGACGGACAUCCGCACCAAAGCGCAGGCUGACGGAAGUGACAUCAGCACAUUCGUGACCUUCAACGAGGGCCUGAAAGAAGCCGGUAUUCUGGGAGCGUCCGACUACGUAGAGUGCUCAGCCAAAAAUAACACGGGCAUCAAGCGGGUGUUGGAGAAAGCAGCUCAAAUUGCAGUGCAUCAAACACUGCCGGCUGAACUGAAGCGGAGCAGCUGUACGGUUUCUUGA